GAGCAGGGAGCCGGAGAGCAGGGAGCCGGAGAGCAGGGAGCCGGAGAACAGGGAGCCCUGUGUCCGGGCUGUCCCAUCCCGGGCCCUGCCGUCCCGCGGGACCGCAGCUGCCAUCUCCCGGGCCGCGGCGCACGAUGGGCUCCCGCACGGGCUGAGUGCCGCCGAGACGGAAAAAUGAGUGGUGGGUUGGCGCCAAGCAAAAGCACAGUGUAUGUGUCAAAUUUACCCUUUGCUUUGACAAACAAUGAUCUGUACAGGAUAUUUUCCAAGUAUGGGAAAGUUGUCAAAGUUACCAUUAUGAAAGACAAAGACACCAGAAAGAGCAAAGGAGUUGCCUUUAUUUUGUUUUUGGAUAAAGAAUCUGCACAAAACUGUUCUCGGGCACUUAAUAACAAACAGUUGUUUGGAAGAGUAAUAAAAGCAAGUAUUGCCAUUGAUAAUGGAAGAGCAGCAGAAUUCAUUCGCAGGCGUAACUACUUUGAUAAGUCCAAGUGUUAUGAAUGUGGGGAAGCAGGACACUUAAGUUACGCUUGUCCUAAAAAUAUGCUAGGGGAGCGGGAGCCACCAAAAAAAAAAGAAAAGAAGAAGAAAAAGAAAAUAGUUGAGCCGGAAGAAAUUGAGGAGGAAGAAGAAAGUGAAGAGGAAGGAGAAGACCCUGCUCUAGAUAGCCUCAGCCAAGCCAUAGCUUUUCAGCAAGCCAAAAUUGAGGAAGAACAACAAAGAUGGACACAGACUGCAGGGGAAGCUUCAAUUUCAGAUGAUUCAAAACGUCCACGGAUUAAGAAAAGUGCUUAUUUCAGUGAUGAGGAAGAACUUAGCGACUGAAACAAUACUGUUCUAUAUACAUAUAUAAGAUAUAUAUAGUGUACAUUUUGUAAAGUGCUACAAAGAUCUGUAAUACAGGUUUGUUUUGGUGUUGAAAAUACUGAAAAUCAUGUUUUKUUUUUAUUCUGAACCCUGACCCUCCUGUCUUUUUAUAUCUGUGUCUCAAAACUUCACCUUUCAAGGCAACUUUUUAAGAAGAUUAUGUGAUUCUACACUUAAAAUCCAGAAAAGUAUCUGUGAGAAUGCAUCUUGCAGUUAGUAUCUAUACCCAAAUCCUAGCAGCAGAGUGUUUAAUGAGAGAAUUUCCCAAGGCUUUAUUCCUGAGAGGAGUUCCUCUUAGGAUGACUGUUAGUACUGGUGAUGCUUUAUAUAUUGGUUUGUUUAUUGCCUGUUUGGAAGCAGUGCUUUAGUUGUACUCAAGUGGAAUAUGAAUCUUGCACUAGUUCAUCUGCAUAGGGAAUGGCAGCUUUAAGCAUUGUGUUCUAACUGUUCGUGCAGUAAUAAUAAAUUAUUGUCACACCAGCACUGUUUCUCUUGACUGCAGUUGAGUGCCUAACAUGAUAGUUAGGGUUAUCCACAGGGUUUUGAAUAUACUUGUAUCUAAACUGGGUCACAGGAGUGUGUUCACAGGCAUCUGAACCUGUUGGCAAAAUCCAAAAGGCAGUUUCCUAUGUGCCUAAAAAUCAGCUUUCAUGUAUACUUGGAACUGUCACAGUCUCUAAGCAAAGUGUGUUGCUACCUAUUUUGCACAUAAAGCUGUUCAGAUGUUUUAAAUAGGGUCUGUCCUUCGAUCUCUGUAGGGUUCUAGUCAUGGUUUCUUGUAGCUGUGGUGGUUCCCAAAACCACAUACAYGUGGUGAUGGUGGUACCCAUUUUAUAUUGUUGUGUAGUAUAAACUCUUCACUUUYAGGAAGCACAGUAUAAAAUACAUUCACAAGUUCACACUUGGAAGAAGAGACAAGGUAGCAUCUUUCCAUUUUCAGUUCUUCCUGUUUGCUCAUCAGGACUUGAUUUUCUGCCAGAUAUAGAUAAUGUAAAUCCAAAUAUACCAUUAUGUAUUCUUAAUUAAUACCAAUUUACAUUCAAAUAUAUAACUGGGUGCAAAGCAAAGAAACACACAAACACCCUCUAAGCUAAUGUAAUGACAUUCAGAAGGUCAUUCUGGUGCCUUCUGUUGCUCCUUAAACAUGAGAAUUCUAAAACAAGAAUAAAGUAAUACAAGUUUUUAUGUGCAAGCUACUCAACUCACCAGAAUAGGAAGGAAUAUUGGGCACUAGAUACAGAAAGAUCCUGGACUCAGUAGUACAGGGAAUGUUUUUAAGACUGACUUUUUGCUGAAAGUACAAUAUAUUAAAUCUGAAGCUUCCUUUUCUAAAUUUUGGGAAGAUCUCUUAAUAGCUGAGAGCUAAACUGCCAGGCGUAACUUAGCAUUAAUAAAUGCUAAUCUCCCUACACCAUGUGUGCAAUAAUGAAGCUUGAGGAGUUCUAAACUCUACCAAGAAAGCAAGUAUUGCUGCCAGCAUGCUUUUCUUCAAAUGUUAGGCUAGGGCUUAAUGGCAGUCAAAAAAAGCCAGACCAAAAUAAACAAAAGGAUUGUGCCACUACUUAAAAUCAGGGGUUGUCUUCUUUUCAAAUACCAUAUUCUGUGCUGGUGUUAAAAAAAGAUAGAAAACUAAAAUGGGACAGAGGACCAGCUUGACAUUUUCCAUACUUUGGUUUGGAAAAAUUUGGGAGCUUAUAAGAAUUAAGGUUUCAACGAAGUGAUUAGACAGUAAGUUUCAAACUUCUAUUCCAUUACACUGUGUAAUGUAGUAGUGGAAUUCACUGCCAUGAGACAUUUUUCAGGGUCAUGGGGUCAAAAAGAUUUGACUUAUAUGUGGAACAUGUUAUUUUAAAAUGCUAGUUUAAAUUAAGUCUCCACUCAGAAAUAUCCUUGACUGCUAACUAUGUCUAACUGUUAAAAUAAAGAGAUAUUAACAGUUUAGGAAUCAUUUAUUCUUACACACUUUGCUACUGUCUAGUCAGAAAGAAUAACAAACAAAGCUGACCCUUUUUCUGACCUUAUACAGUACUUUUUCCAUAGUUCCAGUAGGUGAAGCACGUCGAUAUAUCUUUCUAGUCUGCUGCUUCUGCCUCACUGCUUUCCCCAUAGGAUUUGCUUUUGUCAGCAUGAAGCAGUAGCUCAGUCCAGACUGUUAGAACUGACGCAGUGUUGUUCCUCCAUGCUCUUUUGUUCCAAGCAUAAAGUCACUUGAGGUACGUGACAUUGGAAAAUAAACAUAAAAACAAACCUGCUUCUGUGCAAAAUUGGCAUCUAGAAUUCUUUAAAUUUUCUUCCUUUAACAGUUUUUCUUAAUUCUUCUAAUGAUUAGUUGUGUGUAUAGUUUUUGUCUUAGAAAAAUGCACUUAAUGCCUAAAACACAGUCUAAAGGGACUUUCAGGAAUAGGUUUUGUGUACUCGGCUUCCUGGAURAUUUUAAGUUUCAAUUCUUUGUUGGCAAGAUAACAAAGCAUUUUUAAGUGAGAAAUUCAGAGCACUGGCAUUAGGUAGCCAUUACAUUAAAUCACGUAAGURUCCGUUCUGCUUGCUUCAAUCCAAAUUUGUUUUCUGCAGCACCCCCAAUGCAACUGCCUCAUUCUGAAAAAAARUAAGGCCAAAAUUUGUCAGUAAGAUCUCUUAUGUACUUUGAACAUGGAAGGAUUUGCUCCUGUUCGUGCCUACCCUUGCCUACUCUAAUCAGCAUGGCUUCAGGUUUCCAUCUGAAUCCCAUCAGUGGUGAGGAGCAAGGGUGAGUGUUAACGAGGCUCCUAAUUUAAAUCAGGCCAAGAGGGUGCAAUUAGUGUGUAAAGCUCAAGAUACUCAGUGGUGCUUUUGUCAGUUUGGUAUCAUAAAGCACCGAUUGUGGAAGCAGGAAAUAGUCUUGGUUGCUCUGGGGCAGACAGGUGGGAUUGUGUAGCCUUUUUAUCAAAAGAGAAAAGAAUAGAGAGUGCCUUGUAGAACACCUUCCUGUUAUUGUUGGAAAAACCACAAUGUUUUUCUGAGGGGUUCAUGUGCAGCUUGUAUGUUGGUUUGGAGUUAUUUUUAAUGCUUURAGGAACUCCCUUAGGCUUGUAAGCUGAAUUCUUGUUUUAGAGUACAGAUAAUCUAGCUCUGAUUAUWGAGAAAAUUAUAUUAAGUGGCAGACCUUUAAWUUUUUUUAAUAUUGUCAACUCGGGUCUUUCUGCAAAUAUCCACUUAUUUGAUUUUGUCUUUCAUAUUUUCAAAACAGCUUGAAAAUUGUCACAAUGUGUUCUGAGUCAUAGGACAUGGUCUAUUAAAAAGGCUCACACAGUAGUGUCUAAAAAAUCA